GAAGAGGGUCGAGCUUACGAGGUUGGUGGCGAUCCUCCGUCCGUGCCCAGCGGAAGCCCCGCUCAGCCCCCGCACUUUCCCCCGAGCCGAGCUGUCAGUCACGGCGCCUCUAUAAAGGCGCGGGCUUGCUGGCAGCUCUCACGGCAGUCGCUACUCCGCAGCGGUGACCGCAGGCCCUGUGGGGUGUACGCGCAGACACACAUUGGUUUGUAGCGCGCGGGCUUCUUAUCCCACACGCCGCACGCACACACGCACACACGCAUUGCACACACACACACACACAGCGAGAGAGACAAGCGUAGAGACGAGGAGGAGGAGAGGGAGAGAGCGGCACGCAGACGGCAAGCAGCCACUGCUCGGCCACUCGCAAGAUCUCUCCGCCUGCAACAGAGACACGGAACGAGGAUGUCUCGGCGUGCCCUGCUCACGCUCGUGCUGCUCUGGAGCCUGGGGCUGGCGCUGGGCGCGGCGCGCAAGGCGCGGGUGGUGCCCCAGGGCGCCAUCCCCCCACCCGACAAGGAGCGACCCAACACGUCCGACGCGAAGCCGACGAAGGCGAGGGACAAGCAGAUCCUGGACUCGAGCCACGAGGCGCUGAUCAUCACCGAGCGGCGCUACCUGAAGCAGGACUGGUGCAAGUCGCAGCCCCUGCGCCAGACCAUCACCGAGGAGGGCUGUCUGAGCCACACCAUCAUCAACCGCUUCUGCUACGGGCAGUGCAACUCGUUCUACAUACCGCGGCACGGGCGGCAGGGCGAGGAGGACGCGUUCAAGUCGUGCGCCUUCUGCCGUCCGCAGAAGAUCAUCUCCACCGUGGUGGAGCUGCAGUGCCCCGACCUGCAGCCGCCCUUCAAGCUGAAGCGGGUGCAGAAGGUGAAGACGUGCCGCUGCACGGCGGUGGACAUCAAGGACCUGUGAAGGACGACGCGAGAGCCCCCCCCCCCCGCGAUGGCCCCACGAUGGUGGACAACGCGCCCAAAUAUUUUUUGACCCCUCUUGUUUUUUUUUUUUAUACGGCUAUUUAUUUGAUUUUGCUCGAGCAGCGACUGAUGUAUUUUUCUACGCGUGCGAAUGCUGCGACGUAUAUGAAUUUUUUUUUAAUUCCUCCCAGCGACCCCACAGUUUCCGUGCCGGAUAAUAACGUCUGGCUGCACGCAACAACGACGGUCCCCAACGCAACGGCCUUAGCGGACUGUUUCGGCAAGUGCUGUCAGCGAGCACCUAUGAAGGCCGGGCACGGCACACGAGGGGGUGGGUGGCCAACACCAACGCCCGACCGGCCUUUGUCUCUCCCUUGU